GGCUGCAGUGCGACGCCUGAAAUUGUCGCAUGUUCAGCGUUUAUCACAGGACAGGUCUUGCGAAUCCGAACGAAAAAUUGAGCUUGCGACUCGUAAAGUCUGUCUCGAAUAGAAAUCGCUUCUGAAAACGGUUCUCAUACCAGUUAAAGUCAUUCUGCGAUUGCGUAAACGUAGGCGGUUAAGGUAUUGUAAGGCAGUUGUUUGUCCACUUCCAUUCACGUAAAUUAACUUCAAUCUCGGUUUUUCUUAGAAAUAGAAGAAAGAAGUAAAAAGAGAUUAAAGUUAUUUGCAUUGAAAUAAACUUGUAAGUGCGUCUUACAACCGCUUAAGAUUACGCGAUUGUAAAACGGCCUUACGGACUUAUCUCGUGCCGCGACCCUCCUGUUGCCAUCGCGAUAAAUAUUAACGCGAAGAGAUAAUAGGAAGGAGAUUUGAAGCAAACAAUGGAGUCUGAAUCCAGGCGCAAGGGUCCUAGAAGCCCUAGCGCCGAUUCGGACGAUUCCUCGCAUGCCAGAAGAAGAAGAAAAUAUGAUCGAUCACCAUCUCCAAGACGGAACCGAUAUCGUCGGUCUCGCUCCAGAGACAGAAGGUCUCGGUCGAGUUCCAGAGAUAGAAGAAGAAAAGAUUCUAGCAGAUCGCAAGACUGGAAACCACCACAAGCUUCGCCAUCCCAACCGCCAAGUUCUGUACCUGCUCCAAGCAAUUCUGCUAGUUAUGUUUCAGCAGUGCACAAUCAAUACCAGGCACCCCCACCAAACACAAGUCAGCCACCACCACCUAUUUCUGCUUACAACCAGGGCUAUAACAAUUACGGUUACAACUAUGGUCCGGGUUAUGACUAUAGUUAUCAACAACCUGCUGGCUAUCGAAGUGAUUACCCGCCGCCCAACUGGCAAGGGAGUCAAGUGUCAUAUAACAAUCAGCAAGCACCGCCACCUCCUUCUUUGACACCGCAACAAGAAUCGUCGAGGCCGAUUGAUAGCGGUUCUUCUGGCUUAGUGACAUCCUUAACGACGAGACCCGACGAUGUCAGGCAAAAAGAAGCAAUCGCAGCUGAGGUGAAACAACAGAAAGCAACAUUAGCCAAGCAACGAGAAGAAUAUGUUAAGAAAUCUGCCACGUUACAACGUGAACUGGAAAUUCUGCGUCAGCAAUGUGACGAGAUAAGCAAGGAGGGCGGCCGCGAAAAUAAUCGAAUUUUAAAGGAAAAUCAGAAAUUGCAGGUUGAAAUACAAAAUAAAAUGAAGUCUAUUCACAAUGUCAUUGAUAUGCUCACUGGUAUUAUUGGUGACAAAGUUACUGUGGAUGAUCUGAAGAGCAAGUUUAAGCUAGAAUUGAGUAAGCGUUCGAGAAGUCCAAAGGAGGACUUUCCGAAAGGGAAGUCUCCUUCGCCUGACAGAUCGUCCGAUUCGGAUAAAGAAGCCGGAAGAGCGGAGAGAGAGAGAGAAAGAAGAUCAUCAGAGGAUAAGCCAAUGUACAAUUUCGUUCACUACGAUCCUGAAAUGCAUUGGUGUAAAGUCUGCGAUAUCUUUCCUAAAACAGCAAAGGAAUAUUUAAAUCAUCUACAUACCAAUGAACACAGAGAGGCUUGUUUAGAACGCAAGAUUGUUGAUAUGCCAUGGCAUGAGCGAAAUGGCGAAGGGACAGAAAAAGAAGUACCCUUUUAUCACGGACUACCGACGAAAAGAACACCCAUUAAAGGUCUACAGUUCUUCAGUGCAGCAACGGCUUGGUAUUGCAAACUUUGCGACUCCUGGAUAGGGGAUCUUCAUUGUGCUAGUCUGCAUUUGAAAUCUAAACGCCAUUCUGAGAAUUUUUCCCGUUUCGUGGAACAAAAUCCGCAUUGGGAAACAGAUUGGAUGGCCGAUAGAGAAAAGGCGUUCUCUGAGGAAAAACACAAGCAGAUACAGUUGGAAUUACAGAAACAGAAAGAUGACGACCCUCCAAUAAAAUCGAAGAAAUCGAAGAAGAAUAAGAAAAAAUCGAAAAAAGCCAAGAAACGCAGAAAUAGAAGUAGUGCCAGUGAUACAUCGAGUGAAUCAGAAAAUACUGAUACAGAAUCCGAUCAGGAUACUACCAAGAGUAUACGUGUGGCAAUGCGGAACAAGAUGAAAGCAUCCACGCAGGCGAUUUUGAAUGAGGAGAUAGAUUAUCAGCGUUUAAAAUUAAAAGGACACUGGUCGAAAACAUCGUCGCAGAUUAAUCAGUCACCGUUGCCCGAGCAACAUCCGUCGGAAGCGGAUGAUAGACAACUCUUGAAUUCAAUCAGAGACAAAUUGAAGGCCAAACAAGAGGAAGAGAUGAAAAGCCGCAAAGUAAAUCAAGAAAAAAUCGAAGAAGACGAAAAUGACUUACGGCAGAACGUUUAUUCAAAGAAAUCAGAGGACUUAGAGGCUUGGGGCCCAAAGGAGCCACCUAAGCCUUUCUGGAUAAAGAAGGAAGAGGAGAAGCAGUCUCAGCCAAUCACGCCGAAUAAACCGAUUGAAUUGCCGAAACCAGAAGAGAUGCCGAAGCCACAUAUGGGAUUUUGGACUAAACAGCAAGUAAAUAUGACAGUGAAACCGCCUGAAAGUAAGUCAGUUGAAAAAGAGGAGGAUAGAGAUCGCGAUAGAGAUCGUUACAAAGAUGAUCGCAAGUAUAGCAGAUAUGACAGAAGAAGUCGACGUGACAGAGAUCGGGAUAGGGACAGAGACAGGGACCGUGAUUACUACGACGAUCGUCGAAAGAGAGAUAGAGACAGAGAUAACAACGAUUCUCCAAGACGUGAUAGAAGUUGGCGCGAUAGCAGUCCCAAAAGAGGUUAUGACAAAUAUAGCAAGGAUAGACGUGAUAAUGACAAUUCAUCAAACGACGAAUCUAAGUUUGACAAGAAAUCAAGCGAGAAAUCAAAGAAAGGUACCGUUUCAGGCAAGAAAUCCGCACCGCAAGUAGCAGCCAAGGGCAAAUUACCAUUCAUCGGCAGACUACCUUUAUUUAAGAAGAAGGCUGAAGAGCCGAAGUUACCGGAAAAGGACAUUGCUCCAUUGCCUUAUCAACAAAGCAAAUUUGAGGAUACGCCAAAAGUACCUAAUGAAAUUAUCAAUCCACCCGGUGUUGUGCACAUUACCAAGUUAGCUACCCCUUUAAACUUGAAUAACAGCAACACUACGACUUCACUGACAGGCAAAACUAACAAUCAGCCUAUGAAGAUUCUAGUGGCACCUCCUCCUCCCGUCCUAAACGAAAACAAACCGACUCCGCAGGUGGUUGACAUGGAGAUAGAUGAUCAGUCGGAGGAAACAGUCAUAGAAGAGCAACCAAUAGUCGAGCAACAAAAACAGCAGCAGCAAACUUCGAACGUGUCGAAAUUACCGUUACCCCCACAUCCACCGCCUCCACUGAACAGACCACCACCCAGCUUCACUCCGAGUCAGCAACAGCAAUCAGCACAGAAUAGACCGUCGGCGCAAAGUGCACCAUCGACGCCGCACUUUACGCCAAAUCGACCACCUCCGCCGUUCAUGUCAAAUCCACCGCCAUUCGUUCAGUCAUCACCGAGAUUCCCGCCUCGUCAAGCUGUACCGCCUGCUACCUUCAUGUCGCAGCCGCCACCAAACGCGAACUUCGUGCAGAAUCAUCAGAAUCCGUCGCAGCCGCCGAUACCAGUAGUAGAUUCGGGUGCUGUGCCACCACAUUCUGAUGUAGCCGACAUACCGGAACCAUCGGAGAAGCGUCCAGCAGAUCCGAGCAUUCCAUUGCCGGAUGAUUUACAAGAGGCGCUCAAUAUAAUCUUUCCUAAAGAGGAGACAGCGGAGACCAAACAGCAACAGCAGAACCAACAGGAGUCUAAUAUUAUGUAUUCUUCAAUGUACAGUAUGUUGGGCUGUGUAGGAUAUGGUCCUGAGUACAUGGAUCAACCGCCACCCGAGAUUAUGCAAGAGGCAGAAGCGGACACGCAACCCGGACCUGAUGAUUUACGCAUGUUGGGCAUUGACGAGGGAGAUACAAUCUUGUAAAUUACGCUUGCGAUCUAUGGAUUUAUUAUCGAUAUAUGGCGCCCUGUUAAUGAUUCACAUGCAGAAAAAGAAAUUAUAUUCCGUGAUAGGAAGGAUUGAGUUAUUAUCUAUUCACUUAUUGUUCAUUUCAAUAUAUAUUUUGAUAGAUUUUUUUUUUAAUUUCAUGUGUUUCGAAAUCGAAUGUGAUAAAAAAAAAGGAAAAAAAACAACUGUACGAUAAAGAGAAAGAGAUGAUCCUGAAAUACACUAUAGAAAAAAAAUAAGCCAGAGCUAUGAUACGUGAAACGCGCAUAAAUCUGGUACCAGUUUAAGCGUGUACGAUCUGUAAAGAUUACUUAACGAUAUAUAGUAGAAUUUACAAAUUGUCCGUUAGAUUAUAAGGUUUGUUAGCUCGUUAACAUUACUGUCCCUCUUUUUAUUUAGUAAUAUAUUUUCGUCAAUUUUGUUUUAAGAAUUCAUAAAUACACUAUUGCACAAUCGGUAUCACAUCUUGACAUUAAUGAUGACAACGAUUAAUGUAUGAUACAGUUUUGAAUUUCAUCUCUAUUUCUUGAUAAAAGUUAUAAAGAGCAUUUGUUGAAAAUCAAUAAAUCUGAAUGUUAUGGAAUGUUAUCAGUGCAUAAGUAAAAAAAAAGAGAUAUGUGUGUAAUAUCAAUAAAAAAAAAACACAAUUUCACAUUGUGUAUCAA